UACACACCAGACAAGGUCUUAGAAACUCAACUCCACUUUUAAAGCGAUGUGUCAUUACCAAAUUAAACCGAGGGUGUGAAACAGUUCGAACAGUACAGUAACUCAAAAUAUGUCCAAAUAGUCUAGUUUAUAUAGUCUAUUUGAACCAACAAAAACACCGAGGAUAGCUGUCUGAUUUGCAAGCACGUCAAGCAGACUUCAAGUGUGCAACGUUGUUUUUACCCUGUUGGACUCUGCUGCUGGCAGGCUAGUAGCUGGCUAGCUAAUAUUCCUGUAUCUGCUUGGGUCGGGAUCGACAUGUCCUGCUGCCUGUUGGAGUUCUGUCGGGUUCAAGAACUCAAAGCAGUUAGGGAAUUCUUAUAUCAAAACCAGGAACAUAACUCUACAGUUUCUUCGGAGGACAAAAGCCAACCAGAACAUGAGUUGGCGUGGGACAAUUCAGACUGGGAAGCGUGGGGAAACCCUGAUACCAAAGAAGAUGGUGCUGCCACUGGCACUGGCAACACUACGGUAGAGGAGGAGAUUGUUGCUGCAGUGAGCACCUCCUGGCUGCAGGACUGUGUAGUGUCUUUGUCGCCAUGCUCUGAUCUGCUUGUGGUGGCCCACCAACACAAGGCUGUCUUUCUGUCAGCAAAAUGGCGCACAGACAGAGGGAAGGAGGAGAUGACCCUGGCUGUGUCCUGGAGCGGCAGCCUCAGCAUAGAGGAGGGGGAGUGUGUGAGCAGUGUCAUCUGCAUCCCCCUGGCCAGCCAGAAGAGGAGCUCCACCGGGCGCCCCGAUUGGACCUGCAUUGUCGUGGGCUUCUCCUCUGGCUACGUGCGUUUCUACACCGAGAGCGGGGUCCUGCUUUUGGCUCAGCUGCUGAACGAAGAUCCUGUGCUGAGACUGAAAUGUCGCACCUACGAAAUCCCCCGACACCCCGGGGUCACGGAGCAGCAUGAGGAAUUGAGUAUCCUCUACCCAGCAGCACUGGUCACUAUCGAUGGAUUCAGUCUCUUCCAGUCUUUACGUGCCUGCAGAAACCAGGUGGCCAGAGCGGCAGCAGCAGGAAGUGAUGUCAUCCAGCCUCCUCCCCUGGCUUAUAAAAAGUGGGGUCUUCAGGACAUGGACGCCAUUGUAGACCACAGCAGCGUGGGUAUUAUGACUCUGUGUGUGUUUGACCAGAUGAAGAACGCCUCCAUCUUGGGCGGGUUCCAUGCCUCUGUCAAGGGUAGCCCUCCCGCAAUGAGUCAGUACAUCACUGUUGGUGGAGGGCCCUACACUGGCUUCUACUAUGCUGUUGAGGGUAACUCCCAGCCUCUCCUCUCCCAUGUGGCACUAGCUGUGGCCAGCAAGCUCACCUCAGCCCUCUUCAGUGCUGCCAGCGGGUGGCUGGGUUGGAAGAACAAAAGCGAGGAGGAGCCGGCGCAGAAGCAGAAGCCCAAGGUCGAGCCGGCCACGCCCCUCGCCGUCAGAUUCGGUCUCCCGGAUUCGCGUCGCCACGGCGAGUCCAUCUGUCUGUCUCCCUGUAACACGCUGGCCGGAGUGACGGACGACUUUGGCCGAGUGGCCCUGCUGGACGUGUCGAGGGGCAUCGCUAUACGCAUGUGGAAGGGGUACCGCGACGCCCAGCUGGGUUGGGUGCAGGUGUCCGAGGGGCGGGGCGAGCGCGAGUCCUCCCCGUCUGCGCCCCUCCCUCGCCGCCACGCCCAGUUCCUGGUGAUCUACGCCCCCCGGAGGGGCAUCCUGGAGGUGUGGGGCACGCAGCAGGGCCCCAGAGUGGGGGCCUUCACUGUGGGCAAACACUGCAGGCUGCUGUACGCAGGCUACAGGUUGAUGGGGGUGAACAGUGUCACCAGCCAGGGCUGGCAGCUCCACACACAGCAGGUGUGUCUGCUCGACCCGGCCACCGGAGUGCUGCGCACCAUCACCGUGCCCUUCCACCUGGCCCUCAGCGAUAAGAAGAGCGAGCGAGCCAAGGACAUGCACCUGUUGAAGAGGCUGACCGCCGUGCUGAGGAGCAGAGAGGUGGAGCCAGAUAUCUUGGAGAGGGAAGCAAAGAGUGCACUGCUUGACAUCAAACACCCCGCUAUUAAGAAACAGGCACUGGAGUCUCUGCUUUCAAAUAAAAAUGCACCAGUCUCUUGCCUGACCAGCAUCACUCGUGCUCUCUUGGACAGUCUUAAGGAACAAGACCCCGAGGCAGUGGAUGAAACUCUGCUGCAGCUGUGCUCUUCUCAGCUCAAACUGCUGCAGCUCUACGCAGACAUCCAACAGCUCCACACGGCCGGAGGGUCCACGACGCACCCCGAACUCUCAGACUUGUCGGCAGGUCUAGAGGAGGAGCUGGCCGGCCUGAGCCCCACCCUGCAGCGUUACGCCGAGCUCACCUCCCGCCCCGCCGUCUCAUUCGCCCAGGACUCCCCUGACAGCCCACUUCCUGUGCAGAGCUUCCUGUCGCAGAUGGAGUGCCAGGGCGGGGAGGUAAAGGUGGUCCGUGGACAAGACACCGACUGGAAUCAACUUGGCAGCUUCCUGUUCUGGGGCUGUCUGACAGGGGAGAGCCCUCUGCAGCAGGUGUGUGACACACUACAAGAGACGGGCAUCAGCCCCCAGCAACUACUGUCGCUGCUGCUCAGUCUGUGGCUGCACAGGGAGAAGGACGUCCUGAAGAAGCCCAAAGAGGCCGUCCGGAACCUGCACGCGCUGCUCGCCGCCCUCAGCUCCAUGAAAGGGGCCGUGGAGGAGUCGUGGGACCCUCAGUCUGUCUCCCCCUGGUGGCUGCAGGUGCGCACUGCGUGCGUCCAGUCCCACAGCGCCGCCGCCGCCCUGCUGGCGGCUCUGGUGGCUCACCGUGCCGCCAAGGCCUCCAUCACCAGCCUGGCCGACAGCAAGUUCCAGUCGGAGUGGGAGGCGGUGUCGCUGGAGCUGGAGCAGUGGGCCGUGUGUGUGAGGCAGCUGGAGGACGUGCUGACCCUGCACACGCUGCUGUGCGUGCCCCCUGCUCCGGGCACGCCGGGCGGCGCCCCUCCGCUGUGCUCUGUCAGGAGCCUCCUGGAGGGCGGGCGAGGUGGCAUCGCAGACAGCGUGUCCAAAUGGGUGUUCAGGCAGGGCCUGGCUCCCGAGAUGCUGAGGAACACACUGCAGAAGGGGCGGCAGUGCGAGGUGACGGAACAGCCUGGGGAGGGGCAGGAGAAGGCUCAGGAGGCAGAGCUGGGCAGGGCAGCAGAGCUGCUGGUGUCUGUGUGCCAGCGUUUCCCAGACUCCCUCUGUCCUGACCUGCUAUUUGCCCACUGCUGCUGGGAGUAUGUGGUGCAGUGGAACAAGGACCCAGAGGAGGGGCGUCACCUGUGCUCGGCUGUGGAACACCUGAAGCUGGUCUCCAGUCCUCACAUCCAGCUAGGUAUCUCCUCCAUGAUGUGGAGCACUUUCAUUGUCAAGCGCUUCUCCGCUGCGGCCUUCCUGAUGGAGAAGGUGGGGAAAGCUCCUAAAGAUCGACUAUGUCGCAGGGAUGUGGGCAUGGGAGAUGGUGCCAUGACGACCUUCCUGGGCUCCUGCGUGCAGCUGCUGCAGAUCCUGAUGGAGGCGGACUCGGCCGUGGAAGAGGUGGCCCACACAGACCUCUGUGUGGAGGAGGUGUGGGGGAGCGCUGAGGGGCCCGCCUCCAUAGCAGAGCUGGCUCUCGAUCAGAGGGGGGUCCACUACCCCCUCGUGCAGCACCACUGUCUGCUGGCCUCCAUCAUGCACGCAGCUAUGACCUUUGGCCUCCGGAUUAAACCGCUCAGCCUGUUUGACAGCAAGGGUAAGAAUGCCUUCUUCAGAGACCUGACCACCAUCCAGCUGAUGCCCAGUGGAGACAUGGACCCUGGGCUGAUCUCCCUUAGACAGGAGUUCCUGCUGCGCGUGCUGACCGGCUGGGUGAAGACCCUGGGGGAAGCCGGAGGAGAGGCCCCCGUCUCUGGAUGUGCGCCCAGGACCGUGCUGGGGGACUCUGGUCCCGGGGCCGACUGGUGGCCCUCCCUGUGUCAGGACCUGGGCCCCCUGCUGCAGGUCAGCCAGGACAUCCUGCGCAGACACCUGGUGUGUGAGCUGUACAACCAGGGCCUGGACCAGCGAGCUGAGGAGGUGAUGAUGGAGGUGGAGGACAGGGACGUGCUGGGCUCCCAGCUGCUGGUGCUGACAGGCCAGCGGCUGAGUUACUCCCUGCUGCACACCCAGACCCAGACCCAGCCUGCCAUGGAGCUGCUGGCCCGCCUGCCCCCCACCCUCUGCACCUGGCUCAAGGCUAUGGACCCCGGGGAGUUGCGCUGCCCCCUGGUGGCCCUGGCCCAGACCAGCAGACUGGUGAGCCGCCUGGUGGAGAUGCUGCCAGAGAACCACGGCCAGUACAGCCUGGCCCUGCACCUGCUGGAGGCUGUCGACGCCCUGCAGGAAGAGGACUGAGGGGAGGAGAGACAUUCCGGAAAGCUCUGGAAAGACUGAGGGGGGGAGGGGGGGAAGAUGGAAUGAGUAGGCAAGGUCAGCAGAGAGAGAGAGAGACACUAGCGGCUUUCGAAGUAUUACGAGGAUGAGGAGGUGGAAAGAUAGAAAAGAAAGGGGGGCAGUGGGGGUAAGGAGUUAGCCUUGGUAUAUAUCUCUUUGUUCAGUCUCCCUGGUGUUACUUUGUCAAGGAAACUAUGUAAUGCUGUUGACUUCAGUCAACUGGGCUUGGAGGGAUGAAGGGACAGAGUUCAAAAGAGAAAUAACCUAACUUGAUUAAGUGUUAAACACGUCAAUCUCCUAUCAUGUACAGAUAAAGGGAGAUAUUUGAGAACUGAUAUUUGUUUUAAUGAUUAGAAGUUUAGCUCACAUCUUAAAUCAGAGUGUCACAUUUAAUUCAUUCUCAGAUUAUAUAUUUAAGGAAGAUCAAGAUAGUAGGUAACAUUUUAAGGCUUUCAAAAUAGUUAGAUCAAAUACAGCAUUAUUGUAUUCUUGUUUAGAUGUACAUUUUGGGGCUGAUUUCUCAGACACAGAUGAAGGCUAUCCUAAAACAGAUUUUUUUUCCAAUUUAAGAAUCUCAAAGUAGGAGAUAAGUCUUAACAUGUGGAGAACCUGCCCACCCUGUCUCUAUUACUGUCAAACGUUAUUGAACUGUGCUACACAUCGCCACAUUUAGAUUUUCUUUUGACCGCAACCAUCCUGUCCGUCCGAACUGGAGCAGCACCUCUCACUCCCUGAACUAAACACAAAGACUGUGUAGACUGCAGGGUGCUUCGCAUGUGUCAGACCCAUGUUCCUUCAAUGUUAGUCAUUCCUCCCUCUCACAGAUUAACAUAAUGUAUCAGUCUCUUUUGAACGAUUGGUAUUAUUUUGGGUUAUUUAUAUUCAGUACUGUACUAGCUCUGCCUGUAGCCUCCUAUAAUGUAGGUUUUGGAGGUCUACAGGACUUAGUGCUCACGCAAUACAGAAUAAAUAAAGGUUCCAUGCUUACAGUAA